AAGUCAACGAGUCAUUUAGCGUCGGAUGCAAAACGCGCAAUGAAGACGUUAUUUCCAGGCUUCGUGUCCACAAUGUGUUGCUCUAUGAUUUGAUCCACUGGUGAUUAAACAAACACUGAGAUCAAUCUUGAGCUAAAGCCAACCUACCUGUUGGAUCGUGGAACGGACGCUGUGGCUGCGUCCAUUUCCCCAUCCGUCAGAUCGCUCAAGAACUCAGGUUGGAAUCUUACGGAAGAGGAUUUAUCUUCGCUUCCACCCCCGGUUUGCUCCUCCCCAUCACCCCAUCCUCACCGAAACCCUAGCUUAGCUUCCAUUGCCUCCUCCGAUUCGAUGCCUGCCCUUCGGGACUCUCGCCAAAUCUGAAGGCAGCGCAAUCGAUCGAAAUCUCUGCCGCAAGUGAUGACGAUUGGUGCCGCCGCCGCUUGCCGUCCAAGCCCAUCGCCCGUGCUUCGUUACCAUCGAGUUUAUUUUGCCCAUCGAGUAAAGUUCGCUUCUUAUCCCACUUCUCCGACAUCUUUCUUGCUGGCCAGGCACUCGUUGCCACUCUACUGGGCAACUGUUGCGGGAGCAGGGGCAUCUCCGUGGCGAACUGGGGCGUCCUUGUCUGGUGAAGAUUUUAGUCGGAGUCCGUCUAGAGAUGUUCGGAAUCAUCUGAUCUUGGAUCAGAUUCUUUUGGUUACUGAAGUUCUCUGCAUUGCACCUUCUGUUAUAUUUUCGAUCGGAUGUCUCGUAGGUUCCGUCCUUCCAGGUGCAUCCAAGCAAUUCCAGAUAUACCUGAGUAACAAAGUCUUUGUCUAUCAAUACUUCUUAUUGGUUGGGGCGGUGGCAGUUGGAAGCUUGAUUCGUUGGAGGCAGAUCUGUAUGUUGAAUGACAUCGGUACUGGUGCUGAUUUGAUUAGGAGGAUUGAAAAGAUGGAGGAGGAGCUACGGAGCUCAGCCACAAUAAUUAGGGUGCUGUCCAAACAGCUUGAGAAGUUAGGGAUUAGGUUUAGGGUCACUAGGAAGGCCUUGAAGGAGCCAAUUGCUGAGACUGCAGCUUUGGCACAAAAGAACUCAGAGGCUACUCGAGCACUAGCAAUGCAAGAGGAUAUUCUUGAGAAGGAGCUUGGUGAAAUUCAGAAAGUCUUGUUGGCAAUGCAGGAACAACAACAAAAGCAGCUUGAGUUGAUCCUUGCGAUUGGGAAGGCCGGGAGAUUAUUAGAUAGCAAGAAAGAUUUCGUGCUUGAACAAGAUAGAGCUGGAACUAAUAGCUCAGUUCCUGAAAGGAAAGAAGCAAAAGAGCUAGAGUUGGAAUCAGAAAAACAUGUUGGGGACACACAAAUGAGGGCCUAAGUACCAGUCACUGAGAUUUUCUUAUGUCAAGGCUUCAGGUAGACAUUUUUUUUAACAUGACAUUGGAAAAGUUAAAAAUGAUUUCUUGCAAAGAUUUGAACCAAUACUUGGUCAAAUAUCAACAGAAGUAUCUUGAUCUAUAUCACAUUUAUGCGAAUUCCAGUGUUCAAAUCCGAGGCGUAAAGUUAAAGGGUUAUCAUUUUGCUUGAGAUCAGCAAUUAUGCAUAUGUUACGGUUGUGAAAUUUGUGAAUCCUCUUUUUCUGAGGCGGGACGUCCCAAGUUAGAUUGUACAGAAUUAAACCUGCUUGAACAAGUGACUCAAAAGAAAAAUGCAAUGUGUUCUUUUUUUGUAUUAA